AUGGCGUCCAAAGACGAGAGCCGCUCUGACGCCGCCGUUCCUGUGGCCAUGCGUGGCCUCACCCAGAAGCAGCGACGCAGAUUCUUCCACAGAAGAGGAGGAGAAGACAACACUACCGAGCCAAGUUCCAAGCGAGCUUUGGAGAAGACGCCGGAGGAGGCGGCAGAAGCCCAUUUCCGGGCAUUGCGCAGAAGAUGUGGUGUUCCAGACACCGGCGUGCCUCGUUUUUUCGCGCCGGUGUUUCCCUGUAACUCGGAUGCCAAGAAGCGCUGGUCCUACCGUGCUAGCACUCUUCAAGCAGCUUAUGCAGAGAGGGUCGAGUGGACACCUACAGAGAAGCAGCUGCUUCAACGCGCCUUGCACGCCGAGCUUCAGGAGGCAGCGCUCCAGGAAGCUAUAGAGGGCCUGGAAGACUGCAAGCCCGCGGCGCGUCAGAAGCGUCUCGUUCAGCUCGCCCAGCAAGUGCAGCAAAAGAGGCUUCGCGAGCUCCUCGCAGAGCGCGGCCAGCGCAUCGACUGGCUGAACGUCUCCAACAAGCUUCGGGCCAUGCCAGAAAUGGCAUCGGCAUUGAUAGCCGCUCUCGUCGCAUCGCCAACAAAGAGCUCUCCUGAUGGCACGGAGCAGAUAUGCCUCAGUGCAGCCAACUGCUACAUCCGCCAUCUGCAUGAUGCCCAGCGCUCCUCAGAUCCGGUGACGGCCGCGGAGGACGCUAAGCUGGAGGCAGCAGCCCGAAAGAGCGGGGCGCUGCACUUGGAUGAGAGCCGAUCGCAGAAUGCAUGGGCGUCGAGCUUGCCGGGGCUUGGCGUUUCUUUGCCCACCAUAUGCACAAGAUGGCACGGGCGCGAGCCGAGUCAGUUUGGUCUCCCUUGGAUGACAAGCGGCUGCUGCAGGCCCAUGCAGACCUGGGUGACGUGGACGGCAACUGGGAGUGACCCGGCUCAUCACUCACGACCCGUCUACAAGACGUGUGGCAUGGGCAAGCGUGGAGGAGGAUGGAAGCCAGAGUGGCAGCCAGAGUGGAAACCGGAGCGAAGGCCGGAAUGGCAAGACGAUCCUCGCGCAAAAUGGGGUAUUUGGCAUGGUGCCAAAUCGCCCUCGCAGUGGCCCUGGCGUGCAGCUCAGGAGCCCCAAUUCCCUGCCUUCGAUGCUGCUACAGUGGACAUCAAGGAGGACGGCCGGGAUAUUGCUCGGAAAGAGUUACAGGCCACCGAUGGGGACGAUGGAGUAACGGAGAUUUUCCACGACCUCCAAGCGAUGCUCAACCAUGCUCGGAAAGCAGAGGUGCGAAUGGGCAAAGCGUGCAAGUCACGAGAACAGACUCGAGCACAAUGGGAAGCAUUCGAUGCGAAGCUGAAGGCUGCUUGGGUGCGAGAAAAGAAACGCUACAACACCGCGAUGGCUCGACACGAGAAGGAGGUGACAGCAGCGAAAGAAGCCCAGGCUGCCGCCAGAAGUCUAGUGAGGAAAGCCUACUGCCCUGCUUCAGAUGCCAGGCCUACUCCGAUGGAGGAGGAAGAUUCCGAGUGGGAAAAGAUGAAGGCAGCAUGGGACGCCGAGCAAUCGCGGGAGCUUGGCGGUGUUUUGACAAGAGCUCUCAGCGAGAGGGAAGAAGGGCCUCCCAUCACACCACUGCGACCCACUCAUGCCGAAGCUCGGACCCCUGGUGGUGGCGGUGCCGAACCAUCCCCGGCGAGGACCGAUGCCUACAUGUUGGGAAGUGGUGGGACACCAGUGGCCAGCCCUGCCCCUGCGGGCACUGGCUUGCCGAGCAGACUCACCGAGCAGUCCCCUACGGAACCACUUCGCCGAGAUCGCCCAAGAACGCCUCGAACAGCACCGUAUACCGGUGCCAAGGAUGGCGCUGUGGGGCCCGAAGACGAUCCACAAGGCCUGGCGGAAAAGCUCGAGGAGGCCAAACGCAAGGCGAUGCUUCCCUUUGGUGGUGCGGGCCGACAAGCCGAGCCCAAGCACAAGGCAUCCCGGCUCGUGGAAGACGACCCAGACGAGCUGGAUGGUGCCGCUACGAACCGGUGGGUUGCUAAUCGCACGUCGGCGCCAAAUACGCGUAUCGGUGGCUCUGGGACGCGAGCGACUGCGAUGAUGCAUAUGGGCCCUCUUCUCUUCUGGGCUUUCCUUUGCUCUUGUGCGGCCUGCACAAGCUGCUUCCUGCGAUUCUUGCAGUAUCGGCUGGUGGCCGUUCUGCAGCUGCAACCUGGGCCCUGUGCGGCUGUGUUUUGGCGUCGCCUUCUUGUGGUGCUAGGGGUGACGCUUUGCAUAGGCCAAUGCUGGACCCGUGUGCCCACUCUACCAGAGAUUGAACAACAUGCACUGAACCUCCUGUUGGGCAUUCCUUUCUGGCUCUUGUGCAGCUUGGUGAGCAUGCUACUGGCGCAGGUUGUGUCGCUAUGCCCCAUCCUUCGCUUCUUGAAAGGCGCCCGCGGCUGUCAACAUGCGUGUGCUUGUGCCCUCGGGGCUUGCGCUGGGCACGUCCGCUACCGAACAGUAUACGCCCCUUCUGCAGCCAAGCACAGGGGCCUUUCGCGGGGACCCCACCUCUACAGCCAAGGAACCGCCCUUUCUUGCUUGAACAAGUGCAUAUACAAGACCACCUUCUACAUGUUGUCGGCCUUGGCCAUGCCGACUCAGGUCUGGGCGGUCUCGCCCAUGUGGGGAGAAGCAGUGGACGUCCUGAUCACUGCCACGUUGAUGUUGCCUGAAGAUUUCCCGCCUCCCACACAUCCGGGCAAUCUCUGCACUGAUGCCUUGAGUCACACUGGUGACAUUGACUCUUUGGAUGCAGAAGUUUUGCGUGCUGACCGGGAACAAGUGCGUUGCCUUACUGCCCCCUUGCAAGAAAAUGCGGAUUUGCCUGCGCCUCCCUACAACGCAGGAGAAGGGAUACCCUUGGCAGACCCUCCUGUCGAUGCAGUAUUUCAGGUCCUUGCACCACAUUUCCGCACUGAAGUGACUCGGGCUACGCUCAGAUUUCCCUGCCAGUACUCCACUAUGAUCUCCGCCGUGCAUGACUCCGUUCGAGAACUCCAGUCGGAGUUCGGUCAGUUUGCCCAUCCGACCAUGCCCCAACUGGCUCCUGACCACGGGUCUUUCAUCUUGGCUCCAUCGUGGGUGCCGACUUCCGGCUUUGUUGUCGUUGUUUACGACUUCGCUGCCUGUGGCGGCCCUACCUACGCUGCAUAUUCCCACGACCGGAUCACCCAUGGGGAUUGCAGGAGAGAGGCGCACAGACACUCCGUAGAGAACUGGCAUGCCUAUCCUUUUGGCCACACCUCUGCGCUAGGGACAGACGACAGUGUGCUAGCUGUUAUGGGUGGAGUUGUGCAAUUUCGUCUUACAGACGAACAGCCCAUAUGGUUCAGUCCUGUCACUUCGAGGCUUAACCGGCCCAACAUGUGGCUCCCGCAGCCACAGUUACCAGAAGUGCCGGCCGAUCGUCCCGUGAUGGUGUUGUUCCAUGACCAACACCUGCUCUUCUCAGGCCGCCGAUUUCCUGGAGUGUCAACCAGGGAUUUCAUCGCGGACCUGGUGGAGCGCAGGCCGGAGACAUCCAUCUGCAGUGUCCCGACAGGCGAUGCAUUCACCGACCUUGCGGUGCACGGGGUUCAAUGCAGAGGUAUACUUGCCACAUUCCCUCUGUGCCCCACCCCCGACCGACAUGGGAUUGUCAUUUUCCUGGACCCACGCAGAGUCAAUGCCCUUCCCAUGCAUAUUUACCUCCCGGAUCGCCGAGUCGACCCCCAACACUUGAUCAACUACCUCCAUAUCCGGAACCCUCCGGCUUACAGGAUAGCAGUUCGACCCAGACCCGGUCUAGGAGGGACGAUGACGGGUCAGCACAUGAAGAUUCUGAAUCCGAGCCAGACUCAGAAUCUGAUGGAUCCGGUGCGGAUCCUGACGACCGCGAUGACUUGCAAGGCUCUGAAAGCCGACCUCGGCUGCGUGGAGAUGGGGUCAGCAGCUGCGGAUCGUGCGCACACUAGGGGCGCCCCCGCGAUGCCCUCCUACUGUGACCUUGGUCUCGAUCCGAUGCUUUUUGCGGGCCUCUGCACAAGCCCAGCGCCGGCCGCCUGGCCGUACGGGCAAGCCGAUGACCUCGACGGUUACUUUGUGGUUCUAGCGCCGGGGUAUAGGUUCGCACACUUCGACCAGAUGCAGCAAGACAACGCUUUCCGCAUCUGUGCGCUGCCCAACCACAACCGACUGGCACCUUUGCCACGCUGCUUUGCCUACCUGACUGGACAUGUGAGGGAUGUCUUGACCGCCAUCGGAGCUGGAAGAGGCGCGGCUUUGCAGAUCUAUUUCUCUACCGGCAACGAGCCGCUGCAUUAUGGGCAGGUCGUGCCACUCAUGUCGGGUGAUGUCCUCCGAGUAUCGCAUUACCGCGCGGAAGGUCCCUAUGGAACCACCUUCGCAGAAAUGCUCAGCAGCCCACUUGGCUGGGAUGUUGCAGUCGAUUUGCCUUUCUCCUUCGGCCCUCAUGUGUGGUUAUUGGCAGAUGAGCACAACACUCGAUUCGACAUCCGCGAUGGCAACCUCUCGGUCCGAUGGGCAAUGGCGUCUGUUCUAGUGGCAUCGGAACUCUUGCAGCGAAGACAUCUUCCUACGGUUGGACCCUUUGUCUUGGUCCUUGAUCAGCGACCUGUCCUCAUGCCCAUUGAACGACGCAUUUUGCCUCAUCCCCACGUGCUUGUGCAAGAGUUAGCCGAUGAAUACGGUGGCGAUAUUCCUUUGGGAUUGUCAGUCGCCUUUGCUGGUGCCGACACGGCUGACACCCCGGAUGGGGCUGCCUUCAUCAUCGAACAGUGCACCUGCAUCACCGUUGCUUACGUCUUCAUCAAUAGGAUGCAUCCUGAUGACGCCGCCUACAGCUCUAGCUCCCAUGAUGACCGCACUGACAGCUUGACUGGCGGAGAGACAGGAUCCAGCGAAUCUUCUGAUGAUGACACACCGCCUCCAGACAAUAGGGCGCAUGAAGCGCAGCCAGCGCCGGCUGGACCUCCCGACCCACAUCCACGGACGCACGCUGUGCGCCAGGAUGUGCGCAGCUGUGAUUCCAUUUGGAAUCUGUGGAUAACAGGCAGUCGAGUCGAAACGUGUGCAGAGCAUUCUCCACAACAAGCCUUCCUACUAGGCAAGUGCUCUCAUACCUCUGUCCUCCUGCUUGUUUUGAUCCUUCUUUACGGAUCAGCUGGAUGGUACUCCCUCACAAACAGCCGUGGCAGUCCUCCUCCGCUGAUUCAAGAAAGCCAGCAUUAUUAUGCUGAUACCUCUCUGUAUACAGGUGCGAAGGCCUGUGCUCUUGGUGUUUUGUGCUGUAGGCUGCGCCGUUUGCCGGCUAGCGGAGCUUGCCUCAUCUUCUGCUGGUUGUGCUUUGUGUGUACGCCUGUGGCAGGCAUGCAACUACCAUCUCAUGGCAUGUUGCCAAGUUGCCACACUGACCACUCGGCCAAUCCGGCUAAUAGCCAUGGCGCCACCAGGCCCAACCUGAUACCUACACCCUGCCGAAGCUUGCAUGCCCUCCCAGUCCUAAGCAGCCCAGAUUCCGACAUUGCCGAUACUUGCGAUGCUGUGUUUUUCGAGGCCGGCAGCCCGAGCAAUCCAGGUCAGCGCCCGGACGCCCUGCCUUUUCCCAGCCAUCAAGAUACUCUGUUGGAAGUCGCUGCUAGCUCUCCUGGGUGCGCCGCAUUUGCCAUUGCCGUUGCGGUAUUAGAGGUUCUACAGCAGCACUUUUCUGCGCCAAGCCACCACUCUGCACGAGACCCGCCUCGAGCGCUCGAACUCAGCACCCUGGUGGCGCACGCACCUGCAACUGGCGAUACCAGCAUUGCCACAAGCCCAUUCUUCAUGCAUGCUGCAGAGACGCUGUCUUCAGCGCCAGAUGCUCUCAGCGAUACUGGGGUCUUCCAGGUGCCGGACCAACCUCCAAACCGAGACCAGAUCCAUUUCGGGCGCACUCCUCUAGGUUUUACCAGGCAGCAGCUUCACCAGCUACGGUCCUUGCAGGCUGACCUGCUGCCUUGGGAACGCCUCACACAACUGCCUGCUCUCCGAGAAGCGCAACUGCUGCAAUGUCAAGUUUCCUCCGUCAUGCAGCAGUUGCAGCAAGAUGGGUGGCAAGGGGCGCUCUGUUUUACUGAUGGCUCCUUCACUCCCGCUUCAGAGCACCGGGCCGCUUUUGCUGGUUGGGCCUGCAUUUUUGUUGAUGCUGCUUAUGGCGUUCUAGGUGCGGGUUUUGGCAGCGUACCCCCCUGGAUUCUCGGACCGCAAGAGGCAUUGUCUGCAUAUGUCGCUGAGUGCUUUGCCCUGACCAUUGCGGCAUUUUCGGCCUGGGCGCUCUUCCCUGGCAUCGAUACCACUUUUGCUUCUGACUGCAUAUCUGCCUUGCAUGGAGCUGAAGGCCGCUUUGCCUGCAAACCGGGGGGUUGUGCUCAAGCCAUGAGCCAUGCUUUCGAUCUCCGGCGAGGCAUGCACCCUACUGCCGACAGGUUCGUGUAUGUACCUGGCCACCAGGGUCACUUCUUCAAUGAGAUUGCCGACCUGUUGGCUAAGGAAGGAGCUCUCUCGAAAACUGUGGCGCCAUGCCUCCAGAUCCCACCCGAGGCUCUGAGGUUCUGGCUGUCCAGAGGCGCGUACCACCUGCCCUGGGCCACUGUUGCGCUUCGCCAAGCUGCGUGCGACCCCGCCCUGCCUCCCAUUAAUGCACUGAAUUUGGGAGACGACUCUUGGCACCAAGGACUGAGCUAUGAUCAAAUGCUGCGUCCCUUCCUUCCAGCGCACAUCACAUCUCCCGAUUCCUCUGAGGGCCGGCAUCAGCAAUUCGAUCUUGCCCUUUGCAUACUGUCAUUCAACACCUUGAGUCUUGGUGCCUGCCUGGAGGACAACCAAGGCUGUGGGUCUGGAGAGCGUGGUCUGCAUCAGCGCCCUGCUAGGGCGGCCUUGUUGGCCCAACAGCUCUCUGACUCAAGAGUCUCCGUUGCGGCUCUACAGGAAACCCGAUGCCCGCAAGGUACCUCCAAAAUUGGCGGCUUCCUCCGUUUCUCCGGGGGAGCCGACAAGGGCCAGCACGGCACGGAACUUUGGUUCAAGGAUGGUUUUCGAGUUCUAUCUGCACAUGAUGAUGGCACCAACCAUGUUGUCUUUGAGGAGCAAUGCUUUAAUGUGUGUCACGCCGAUCCGCGCCGCAUCUUUGUGCGCUUUUCCUCCGGCAAGCUUGCAUUGGCAUUCGGCUCCCUUCACGCCCCCCACCGGGCCACGGAGCGGCAGCUCCUCACCAACUGGUGGCAUGACACCUUAAAGCUGGUCGCCAAGUUUCGCCGCAAUGAUCCGCUGAUACUUGCUGGCGACCUGAACUGUUCCGUCGGCAGCGUGCCUUCCGACCUCAUCUCCGGAGCAUGCCCUGAAGAGGAGGAUCUUGCUGGAUCCCUGUUUCAUGAGCUACUCCGUGAGAGCCGCUGUUGGCUGCCAUGCACCUUCGCUGAAUGCCAAGAAGGACCAGGUGCCACGUAUCACCAGAAACGCAAUGGCAAACCAUGCAGACCUGAUCUCAUUGCCAUUCCUCAAAUUGGCAAGAGGGGAGGUGCAAGGCAUGGGUCGACCCGGGCAUCCACGUCGCUGCCUCUAUCAUUGACCACACUGCGACAGCUGUGA